GUGGGAAUACAAAAUUCUCCGACUCGCAUGUGGACACGUAUGGGGUUCAAUGAUUGAGUGGCUGUGGCGGGACACGUGGCGGUAUAUUAGCUGGGACGCGCCAUCUAUCACACAGGGCGGGAAAUUCCUUUCGAAGACCUUCCAGAAACUUCCAGCAAACCCCUGGCUGAGAAUCGUCGAAGCAUCUCGCGGAUAGAAAUUCGCCACGUGUAAUGCAGACCACGUGACCGUCCGACGUGGCCACCUCCGCUCGCCCGAAAUUGAUACGGUCCUUUUUUUAAUUUCUAAUUUUUGUUUUUCUGUUUUUUCCUUUUUUAGGGCACUUUGCCCCCCCUACUCUCAAAGAAGAACGAAACCACCACCACAACUGCAAAAAUUCUUUUUCUCAUUUGCUAUGUGAAAUUUGACUGGAGAAGAAAAAGGGGGUUUCUGAAUCGAACUACAAACUUGAUUAGGAAUGAACGUUGAUGGUGAAGGAGGUGCGUCAAUGGAGGAGAAAUUGGUGUUCAUGUGGGGGUAUCUGCCCGGAGCGCUGCCGCAGAGGACGCCUAUUUUGUCGCCGCUGGCGGUGCAGCUACCGCGAGGUGGGAGCUCGUGGAGAGAUGUCUGCGGCGGCGGCUGCGGUUUCGCCAUGGCUAUUUCAGACGGUGGGAAGCUCAUUACAUGGGGAUCAACGGAUGACCUAGGUCAAAGCUACGUGACAUCGGGGAAGCAUGGGGAAACGCCAGAGCCUUUUCCACUCCCCGCUGAGGCCAUUAUAGUGAAAGCUGCUGCUGGUUGGGCACAUUGUGCUGCUGUAACAGUCGGCAGUGAAGUUUACACUUGGGGAUGGAAAGAAUGUGUUCCUUCUGGCAAGGUAUUAGGGGACUCUUCAGCAGGGUCAAGCGUAGAGAAGGGCAUCUUUGAUAAGCAAAGCUUAUCGUUGACUGAGCAAGUGAGCCCUCGCUCUCAUGGAUCAAGAUCGAGUGGUGGGUCAGUGUCUGGCGGUAUUAGAGGUGCCGACGAGACUUCUAAGCGGAGAAGAGUGUCACCAGCUAAACAGGUGGCUGAAAGCUCAUCACCUGUUGACGAACCUCUUUCGGCAUUCCCUUGUUUGGUGACACUCAAUCCUGGUGUAAGGAUUUCGUCUGUUGCUGCUGGUGGUAGACACACAUUAGCACUGUCAGAUGUAGGACAGGUGUGGGGUUGGGGCUAUGGAGGUGAAGGACAGCUGGGCUUGGGAUCGAGGAUUAGAAUGGUGUCUUCACCUCAUCCUGUACCCUGCAUUGAUUCAUCUUUCAACAAGGAUCGUGCUAUGGGGCUCGCUCGUGGAAACAUCGGUGCAGAAGGUCAGGUCUAUGGAGUUCCUGGAAAUUACAUAAAAGCCAUUGCAUGUGGGGGCAGACAUAGUGCAGUAAUCACAGAUGCUGGUGCAGUACUAACCUUCGGGUGGGGAUUGUAUGGACAGUGUGGUCAAGGAAGUACAGACGACGAGCUAAGUCCCACUUGUGUAUCUUCGUUACUUGGCAUAAGGAUAGAAGGUGUAGCAGCUGGACUUUGGCAUACUAUCUGCAUUUCUGCUGAUGGUGAUGUUUAUGCUUUUGGUGGUAAUCAAUUUGGUCAGUUAGGAACCGGUGCUGAUCAAGCUGAGACUUUACCACGACUACUAGAAGCUCCGAGCCUGGAAAAUGUUAAUGCAAGAGUUGUAUCCUGCGGAGCUCGCCACAGUGCGAUUAUCACAGAGGAAGGGAAAACAUUUUGCUGGGGAUGGAACAAGUAUGGCCAGCUUGGUUUGGGUGAUGUGAUUGACCGGAAUACUCCCUGUGAAGUUCCAACUGAUGGGUACGUCGCGAAAAAUGUGGCAUGCGGGUGGUGGCACACUCUUCUGCUGGCUGAAUCACCAACUUGACUCGUGAAUUAUUGUUCGGGCACAGUUUUGUUAGGUUAGUGGUGACCUCUUGUAUUUGUAUUAACCCAUAUAUAUUGUGUUGCAUGUGCAGUAUGUAUGUACAGUAGCUUGUAUGCAUAUGCAUAAGCAUGUAAUAUGUUAUUUAGUCCUAGGACUUGAUUAUCCAAUUGACAAACCGGGGGUCGGAAAAUUCGUCUGAUGUGGAACUACCAUCUGCGUUGUACAUACUCAUUCAUGACUGUUGAAACUCUUCCAGAUUAGUACUUACAGUGCGGAAUUCUUCGUAUCAAUUUGUGCACUGAGGCAGGAUGUAAUUAUUUUUAUUUUUAUUUUUAUUUUCCAAUUUCUUUGUGCUGAUAGUUCUAUCUGAUUGUUUCCAGUUUCUGUUAUGAAUCAAGUUAGAUUCAUAAUUCUGGAAUUCGAUUGCGUAGAAAUUGUUGAUUGAUUACAAGAAAAAUAGACGAAAAAAGAGAGAGCUGUAGCUUAUGGGAACUACUGCUAAAGCUAAGCUAUUCCAAUUUCUUCAUUUUCUGCACCAAAACUUCCUUUUAUAGCCAAAGUACCUUGUCAGAAGACUUAGAAGUGCGACUCUUUAAGUGUACACAUGCCUUCUCCCAAAACGAUGGCGUAUUAUUUUUCUUAAGUUAUCGUUACAAUUUCUU